AUGGUGAAGUUCACAGCCGAUGAGCUUCGUAGGAUUAUGGACUACAAACACAAUAUCCGUAAUAUGUCUGUUAUUGCCCAUGUCGACCAUGGGAAAUCAACCCUCACUGACUCUCUGGUUGCUGCUGCUGGUAUUAUUGCCCAAGAGGUUGCUGGGGAUGUUCGUAUGACUGAUACUCGUGCUGAUGAGGCAGAACGUGGUAUCACGAUUAAGUCCACCGGUAUUUCUCUCUACUACGAGAUGACCGAUGCCUCCUUGAAGAGCUUCACCGGGGCCAGAGACGGUAACGAGUAUCUUAUCAAUCUGAUUGACUCCCCUGGGCACGUUGACUUUUCCUCUGAGGUUACUGCUGCGUUGCGUAUUACUGAUGGUGCCCUUGUGGUGGUGGACUGUAUUGAGGGUGUCUGCGUCCAGACUGAGACAGUGUUGCGUCAGGCCCUUGGAGAAAGGAUUAGGCCAGUCUUGACUGUCAACAAGAUGGACAGGUGUUUCCUUGAGCUUCAGGUUGAUGGUGAGGAGGCUUACCAGACAUUCCAGAGGGUUAUCGAGAAUGCUAACGUCAUUAUGGCCACAUACGAGGACCCUCUUCUUGGUGAUGUUCAGGUCUACCCAGAAAAGGGAACUGUUGCAUUCUCUGCUGGUCUCCACGGAUGGGCGUUUACGCUGACCAACUUUGCUAAGAUGUAUGCUUCUAAGUUUGGUGUUGAUGAAACUAAGAUGAUGGAGAGGCUGUGGGGUGAGAACUUCUUUGACCCGGCUACUAGGAAGUGGAGCAGCAAGAACACUGGUUCAGCAACCUGUAAGCGUGGUUUCGUCCAGUUCUGUUAUGAGCCCAUCAAGCAGAUUAUUGCCACUUGCAUGAAUGACCAGAAGGACAAGUUAUGGCCUAUGUUGGCAAAGCUUGGAGUUCAGAUGAAGAAUGAUGAGAAGGAACUGAUGGGUAAGCCUCUGAUGAAGCGUGUUAUGCAGACCUGGCUGCCUGCAAGUACCGCGCUACUUGAGAUGAUGAUAUUUCACCUGCCAUCUCCCCACACUGCCCAGAGGUACCGUGUCGAGAAUCUGUAUGAAGGUCCCCUUGAUGAUCAGUAUGCCAAUGCCAUCAGGAACUGUGAUCCUAAUGGCCCUCUCAUGCUCUACGUUUCCAAGAUGAUUCCAGCCUCUGACAAGGGAAGAUUCUUUGCUUUUGGUCGUGUGUUUGCUGGUAAGGUGUCCACUGGUAUGAAGGUGAGGAUCAUGGGUCCCAACUUUGUCCCCGGUGAGAAGAAGGAUCUGUAUGUGAAGAGUGUUCAGAGAACCGUCAUCUGGAUGGGAAAGAGGCAGGAGACAGUUGAAGAUGUUCCCUGUGGUAACACAGUCGCUAUGGUUGGAUUGGAUCAGUACAUCACCAAGAACGCAACGUUGACGAACGAGAAAGAAGUUGAUGCCCAUCCUAUUCGAGCGAUGAAGUUCUCUGUGUCACCUGUUGUGCGUGUUGCUGUUCAGUGCAAGGUCGCAUCUGAUCUUCCCAAGCUGGUUGAGGGUCUUAAGAGGCUGGCCAAAUCAGACCCUAUGGUUGUGUGCACAAUGGAAGAAUCAGGUGAGCACAUUGUUGCUGGUGCGGGAGAGUUACAUCUUGAGAUUUGUUUGAAGGAUCUUCAGGAUGAUUUCAUGGGUGGUGCUGAGAUCAUCAAGUCUGACCCUGUUGUCUCAUUCCGUGAGACUGUCCUUGAGCGAUCUAUCCGUACCGUCAUGAGCAAAUCCCCUAACAAGCAUAACCGUUUGUACAUGGAGGCCAGGCCCUUGGAGGAAGGUCUAGCAGAGGCUAUUGAUGACGGCCGUAUUGGCCCAAGAGAUGACCCCAAAAUCAGGUCCAAGAUCUUGGCAGAGGAAUUCGGAUGGGACAAGGACCUAGCGAAGAAGAUCUGGGCGUUUGGACCUGAAACCACAGGGCCUAACAUGGUGGUUGACAUGUGUAAGGGAGUUCAGUACUUGAAUGAAAUCAAGGAUUCUGUUGUUGCUGGUUUCCAAUGGGCGUCCAAGGAAGGUCCUCUAGGAGAAGAGAACAUGAGAGGUAUCUGCUUUGAGGUUUGUGAUGUGGUUCUCCACUCUGAUGCUAUUCACAGAGGUGGUGGUCAGGUCAUCCCCACUGCUAGAAGGGUCAUCUACGCCUCCCAGAUCACCGCCAAGCCUAGACUCAUGGAGCCAAUCUACAUGGUGGAGAUCCAAGCUCCGGAAGGAGCUCUUGGAGGAAUUUACAGCGUGCUGAAUCAGAAGCGUGGACACGUCUUUGAGGAGAUGCAGAGGCCAGGAACACCCUUGUACAACAUCAAGGCUUACCUGCCCGUCGUGGAAUCCUUUGGUUUCUCGAGUCAGCUUAGGGCUGCGACAUCAGGACAGGCCUUUCCGCAGUGCGUGUUUGAUCACUGGGAGAUGAUGUCUUCGGACCCUCUUGAGCCAGGUACUCAAGCUUCGGUUCUUGUUGCCGACAUUAGGAAGAGGAAGGGUUUGAAGGAACAGAUGACUCCGUUGUCUGAGUUCGAAGACAAGCUGUAA